AUGAGCUACAUUUUCUCUGAAGAUGACUUUAAUACCAAUGGAAAUUUCAUCAACGGGGGAGGACCUGAAUAUCUCGCAGGGUUGCUCAACGAAAAUGAAGGAUUGAGCCAUACACUUCAACUUUGGCACGGUAUCGAUUGGGAAGACCCAUCAUUAUACUCGAUGCCGCUGACAAGUGAUGAGUUAGCAUUCCUCAAUGAUGGCCCGGCCCUUCCACAGCCUCCUACUCCCGUCAUCUCUCAUUUUUCACCUGACGCACGUGAACUCACACCUUCCUCUCGCGCAUCGUCGCCUGGUGGUGAAGAGUCAUUGCCAGAGCCCCUCCGUGAUGCAAAUUCGUCCACCUGGGCAGCGCGAAACCCGACACGUCCCAUGAUCCAUCGCCAGACCCCACCGCCUCGGCUAUCAGAUGCCCAGAAGGCCUCUCGGAAAAUCAAGAAAGACCAGAGGACAGAAAUUACAAAGCAUUUACACGAUGCUGUUGCCAAACAUCUGCAAGAACAGAAAAACGGAGUUGAAUUGCUCUCACUCGCUCACAAUGUUACUCCCAAACAGAUCAACGACAUAAUCAGUCAUCAGACCAAGUAUUGCACGGCGCGCAAGGUUCACCUCAAUAACGCCUUAAUUCAUGCCAAAGCUAAGGAAAUGAACAGCGGCCAGCCUAAUGGCCUUCGGUACACAUUGGUCGAGCUGCGCGAGAUGGUUGCUCAGGACCCCCAGAUGCAAGAUUUGACGAAGGGUGAAAAGGCCACUUAUAUAGCUGCUCUCAGUCAACACCGUGAACAAAAGGUAAGUAGCGUGCGAGCAAAUAACAUGGCUACUGCACGAGAUGUUUUAGUCAUGACGGAAAGGGUGGUCAAGGAGCUCGAUGAUUUGCGUAUUUGCACAGGCACCUAUGGGACUCUAUUUGUCGUUCAGGGUCACAUUAAUGACACUAUUCAAAGCACAAUGCACGGUACUGACAAUUCUGAAGACUUCUGGGAGGACGUUUACGACUCUCCAAUGACCGAUUUUCUCCGACAAUACGAACAAUGGGCCUGCACGCAGAAUCAAAAUCUCAAUGAACGAGACUCUUUGGAAACGGUCCGCAAGCAAGCUCUAAAAUUGAUUGUCCGAGGACUGGUUGCAAUGACUGGCAAAAGAGACAUCAUGAUGAACUACAACAACUACGAGACGGCGAUUAUCGAAACUCCCUCAAACAUCAGGACAGUCGGUGAAAUUCGCAAGCUCCGCGAUGCGCUCAAGGACCGAACAUGUUACUGGGCUGCUCUCACUCCAGCCGAAGUCAAGGUUCACAGUGCUGAACUUGAUGCGCGCUAUUCAGCGGGGCAAGUUGUUUGGCAGCCACGCAAGAAGCGCUCCGAUGCUGGAAUCACUCGCAAGCGCAAGGCUCCACCUACCACAGGACAGGCACACAAAGAGAACAGAAGGCCGUCAAAGAAGGUGAAAAAGAAUGCUAGUGCCCAGCAUCGUGAGGCCCCUAAAAGUGCGGAGUUCAUUGAGUCGUCUGAUGAGGAAGAGGACGAGGGCGAGUAG